AUGGAGACACACGAACGCCCACGACCACUCUCGCCGUUCCUCGCAGUCUCCGCGCGAGAGGACGGCGGCGCCAUGGUGAAGGCGUGGGACCCCAAGUUUCCGGAUGGCCCGCCGGCCAACUUCGACCCGGAGAACCCCUUCAAGGACCGCUGGGCGCUCGUGGAGAUGCGCGAGCACAUGACCCGCAGAAAGGCGGUGGAAAUGGAGAAGGCCAAGGUGUUGAAAGAGAGGCUGCGAGAGUGCUACAUAAGGGAAGGUGUCAACCACCUGCAGAACUGCAGAGAGCUGGCCCUAACAUACCUGGAGUCCAUCAAGGGUAUCGGGUACAAUCUUGCAAACAGCGGUGCAUAUGACAAGCAAAAGUGGUGA